CCCCUCUUUCUCUCUCUUUCACAUAUAUAUAAACACAAAACAAAGAAAAUAAGCAAAUUAUAGUGUUGAAAAAAACACUACAUCAAAAUGAAACACCAACUCCUCAAUUCUCUCUCUAAAACCACCGUAUGUAUAUCGUUUCUCCUCCUCUUCCUCCAUCCCUUAUCCGGAGGCGCAACCACACCUUUGCGGCACAUAGUUUCAUUCGAGAAAGGAUUCACUCAACUUUUUGGUGGCGACUCCAAUCUCCUCCGCUCCGAUGAUGACAACACCGUCCAUCUCCACCUCAACCAGUACACAGGUGCUGGGUUUAGAUCUUCCGACUUGUACAACCAUGGAGUAUUCAGUGCUAGAAUCAAACUACCUUCUGAGUAUACAGCCGGAAUCGUAGUAGCAUUUUAUACUUCUAAUGGAGAUGUAUUCGAGAAGACGCAUGAUGAACUUGACUUUGAGUUUUUAGGGAAUAUAAAAGGGAAGCCAUGGAGGUUUCAAACCAAUUUAUACGGAAAUGGAAGCACAAGCAGAGGUAGAGAAGAAAGAUACACCUUGUGGUUUGACCCUUCCAAAGCCUACCAUCGUUAUACCAUCUUUUGGACCUCUUCCAAAAUAAUAUUCUAUAUCGAUGAGGUUCCAAUAAGGGAGAUAUUAAAAAGCGAUGAAAUGGGAAGCGAUUUCCCUUCAAAACCUAUGGCUUUAUACGCCACCAUAUGGGAUGCUUCAACUUGGGCUACCAAUGGUGGAAAAUAUAAGGUUAAUUACAAAUAUGCCCCUUUCGUGACCGAGAUGACUGACCUCGUUCUACAUGGUUGUAUUUCGGAUCCAAUUCAAGAACUUUUAACAGACAACUGUGCCCAAAUGGACAAACAACUCGAAACACUUCGCUACAACAAUAUCACACCUAAACAACAUAUUGCCAUGAAAAGAUUUAGGGAAAAAUACAUGUAUUAUUCAUACUGUUAUGAUACUUUGAGGUACCCAAUUCCGCCACCAGAAUGUGUGAUUGAUUCCGCUCUUAGACAACGGUUUAAAGAGAGUGGGAGGUUGAAGUUUGAAGGGAGGCAUCAUCGCCACUCCAAAAAAGGAAAUCAUGUUUUGAGCAGUCAAGUAUAUGAAAUUCAAGAUCAAGAUUGAGGAUAUAGAAAAGAUUGUUUGUGUAUAAUACGAGUGGUUUUUAUAAUUAUAUGAUUGGAUUGUUUGAAUUUUUCAGUGUAUUUAAUAAUUAAUAUACGUAAUGUAAACAUAUGAGGAUAAAACAGAAAUAAAACGAUACAUGAUGGAUUAUAGUUAUCAAAAGAAUUC